CUUCCUUUAUUAGUGUUAGUUUCCGUUUCCUUUUAAAUUUCAUCUCCUCUCUGUGUUUCCAUCUGUUGAUUGAUUUGGGGGCUGUGCUUUGUUUUAAAUGACUCUCUUUUUGUUUCUUCACAGUGAAAGUAUCUACCAGCUCCUGUCCCAGACCACACCAGAAAACACCAGCAAAAACUACGCUGGUUACAGCAUUGACCCCAAAACGCGGUACACAAGAGCCAACCUCUCAUCCAUCCAGACCAACCAGGUGCAGCACCUAUAUGAUGUUGAUAAAUUCAAUCCAUCGAUCAAGAAUCAGAAGAGCCGGUUGUCUCCAGUGCGUCAAGAUUCUGUCAAUGGUUUUGAAGAGUUGUUGAGAUGGUGUCAGAAGCACACCGCGGGUUAUGAGAAUGUGACUAUAAAUGAUUUUACCCAAUCCUGGACGUCCGGGCUGGCUCUGUGUGCUCUGAUCCACCACUUCAGACCUAAGCUCAUUGACAUGUCCUCCCUGGAUGAGUCCAGUGCUGUUCACAACCACCAACUGGCCUUCAGUAUCUUAGAGAAGGAGCUGGGCAUCCCGCCUGUCAUGUCCGCCAGUGACUUAGCCAAAAGUGAUCAGAUAGACAAGUUGUCCAUGGUCCUCUACCUCACCCAGGUCCAAAAUGCCUUCGCUGUUCAAGCAAAAGGUAAAGUUUAAGGGUAAAAAAAAAGUCAUUGCAUAAUUUAAAAAAAACAAAAAACACUUUAGCAAU